AUGCCCUCGAGCGUGCGUCCCGCGCCCGCCUACAUCGCUGCCUCGGUCGCCUCGCAAACAGUCACCGACAAUCACAAUGCGCAGCUCCGCGAGGACGCUGCCGCCUCCGACGAAGACCCCAGCGCUGAGUUGUCCAACGCACUCUUCAGUGAACAGGCCCUAUCUCUACUCAAUGCCUUCCUCGAUCACUUGCUAUUCGCCUUCCUGUCCACGGCGCGCUCGCCGUCGCUGACUGCGAUCCGGCCCGCGAUAAUCGAGGUCCUGAAGCCGCGCCUGGCACGGGAGGCCAUGGCGACGGCCGACGAAGAGCUCGAGGGCCUGCUUGCUGGCGAGGAUGACGAGGAGUUUCCGGCGCAUCAAGGGAAGAAGAAUGAGCCCUGGGAUGUGGAAAAGUUCUGGAAGCGCACUCGUUUGCGGAUCAUGGUAUACACGCGCCUGGGCGAGCUGGAAGAUGAGGACGAGGAGCGAUAUGUCCAGCAGGAGCGCGGCCUCAGCAUGGAUGAAAGUGACGAUGAGGAAGCUGGGCUUGUGUCGUGGGCGUCUGCUAUUUUCUUGACCUCUAUCAUCGAGCAUGUCGCUGAGCAGACACUGCUCGUUUCUGGUCAAGCCGCUUUCACUCGGCUGUCGGUGAGAGCGCGGAAGAUGGCACAACAAUCGCCCCACAGUGAAGAACAACUGUUGGAGCGAAUCAUUGUGGAAGACUUCGAUGUGGAAAAGGUUGCCCUGAACUCUGCCCUGGGCAGGCUCUGGAGAACCUGGAGAAAGCUCGUGCGAUCUCCUAUUACACCACUUUCGCCGCGCGGAAUACGCAACAUGAGCAGCUACACGAGCCUUCAUCGACGGCACUUGAGCUACGAUACCGACCGCGGAUCAAUGAUUGACGGUGUUCCUGAAGUUCCCGAGUACAAACCCACGGAGACGGAGAUCGCUGCCAACAUCCCCCUCCCCAUGGGCGACAACGAUGUCACUGAAAUAGAGGUCCCUGGUCUCGCGCGUACUUUUGAGGAAGACGAGAGCAGUGGCAUGCAGACACCUGUUACACACCCGCAGCGCCCGACCAGCGUCAUUAUGCUCGCACCUGCCGAGGUUCUGAGGAACAGAGCUGCCAAGGAGCGUCCAGUGUCUGUUCCUCCUCCGGAAAGGAAGUCACUUGUUAUACCUGCGUUUUCUGAACAGGAUCAUGUCGAGCAGGAUCUUGAGGAAGACGCAGACGAUCUGCCAUUCGAGACUCCCAUGGAGGCCAUGGAGCCAGCGUCCGAUGAUGACUCUUACAUCCACGACGAGCGCCAGGAAGGCAUGCACCACGACAAUGAAGAGAACGGCGAGCAUGAAGCGGAUGCUGACAUGGUAGCAUUCGCAGCUUCCACUGGUAUGGGCUUUGGCAUGACUUCUCCUGAGGGUCCGAUCAGUACAGAAACGAAGAGCCCUCUCGGCAAAGACGAAGACGAUGCAGACACCCCUACACAGGCGAAUUACGAUGGCGACUCUCGUGUUUUCGUGUCGAAACGCAUGUCUCUCGAGAAAACGGGCCCGCCUGGUAUUGUCCGUACCUACUCAACUCGAAGCUCAAGCUUGAGGAGUCAAAGCAGGAGCCAGCCAAACUCCCCAGGCAUGACUCCCAAUAUGGAGGCAAGAUCGUUCCUCGAAGACGGUAACUCUGAUGACGACGCGCCUGGACCGGAAGCCAUUGGAGUGGCACACACCUCGAACAUCCCGAUACCCUCGCCCUCUCCACCGACUGAAAAUAAUGCUACCGACAAGGCUCUCGGGCAUGCAAAACACCCUUCACACGGAGGAUACGUUGAGGUUCCUCCGCGCCAGACUGCUCCUACUGCUAUCCAUGUUCGCAGCACCCCUACACCAGAUGGUUCUCGGGCACCAGCAGAGGUUCCAGUUGCCCGUAAAGAAGUCCGACAGAGGGAUGUGCCACAACCUCAAGUUCAUGUGCCCCAAUCACGACCGCGCGAAGUCACUCCCCCAAGAACGCGAUUAUCGUCCCUGCAGGAAGCAGAGCCUUGGCAAUCGAAGCAGCAGAAGCAACCAAGCAUACCCGAGAGAUCCGCACGCAGAGGAAGUUCAACCGAGAGCAGCACUCGGUAUGCUUCGCCACAUCGUGCUCGCGAGUCUCCUGCGGCUGCCGCUGAACGGCCCGCGCACCUGAAAUCGAUUGAAGGCUCGCCACACUCUCGAUCCGGAACCACUGAUGGACCUACUGAUGCCAGAUCCUCGCUCAAGCGCGUUUCCUCUUCCUCUUCCUCGACCGCUGGACGAUCUGUUGGGACGUCAAUACUCCACAGCGGACGCGAUUCGGGUACCAGUCUCGAUGGUCGUCCGCGCGGUCUCAGCGGCCGCAUGUCAGAGGAGGACCGACAACGAGAGUUCGAUUCGCUUGUUAGAAGUGACGAGACUGUCAAGGUCACUCUCACUCCUCAAAACAUGCGUGAUAUGGACGAACCGGCUGUCGUAAAGCGCGAUUCGCCCAAACCUUCUCCCCAGCCUAAAUCUUCGGUGACUGUGUACCCGCGCGUCAAUGCAGAUAAGGAUAGCCAAUUUGGCUCACAACACUUGCCAGCUCGGACAGCGCCACGAAGCAAUGGACCUAUUCCUUCGUCAAGCAAUAGGGGUUCAAUGAAGAAGCCAUUGGCGAGGGAACCACAGGUUAAGGGAGAUUCGAUGCGUGAUUUUGCGGACUUUAUUCGAUCCACUGGACCAGCGCCUGGUGAUGAGAAGCCUGUACAACGUUUCGCGCUCGGUAGAGGAAGCGGUGCGAAGCCGACCAGUGGCUCUUCUUCCUCCAUCGGUGGGCUUGGCAGGAGACUGUCAACGCGACAGACUUCUUCACAUUCUCAUUCCAGCUCCCUCGCUGGUGACGGCCCGUCAGCGAAGCCUCGAAUUCACAUGGAACCUCGUAGUCCCGCUGGCCAACGCAGCGGUAACGAUGAUCUUAUAGACUUUAUCCGUCAAGGGCCGCCCAACUCGAACAAUGGACAACCUAGAAUACCUCGAUCUGUUGCCCCAUUCCGCACGACUGUAGAUUCGGACCAGUUUGACCAUAUGUUGGAUAACGGCAACAUCGAGUCAGCCUAUGGCUCGCAAGUCUCUACUGCCUCCAAGCAGUCCACACAGACUUCCAAUUCUAGAACAGGCCUGAUACCGAAGCAGAACGUCACCCAGCCUGCAUAUUCCAAUACCCCGCAACAAUUAUCAGGCAGCAUGAAUGCUGAACCCCAAAUCACGCGGACUCGCCGGCGCAUCAAGGAUCCCUAUGCCAUUGACUCUGAUGACGAAGAUGAAGACCUUCUGACGGCGCUCCCCACGUCCAACAAGCCCACUCAAAGGGAGGAGAGCAUGAUGGACUUCCUCAACAGCAUGGAGCCUCCAUCCAACAGCCCACCCCAGGCCUUCAAGCUUAGUCCGGAAACAAUAGCCGCAGCAAAGGCCCGCGCGGCCACUCAGAAAGGCGGUGCUAAUGGUCACUCGCACACCAACAGCUUGACAUCAUCGAAUUCCGCAUCCAGGAAUGGUAUGAACGGUCGAACGGGCGCUCCACAGGCUAACACUCCUACUUCCGUUACCUCGAAUCCUCCUCGCGGCGGCUACAAGCCGAAACUUCAAGCCCGCGGUGCGACCAGUGAUCCUCACGCUGGCAGGUCCUCCACCAAUGAUCUGGCUGACUUCCUCCGCAACUCAGGACCACCUGAGUCUCCAGCACCGGCACCAGGCGCGACCAUACGGAGGGAAGAGAGUAAGCCCAGCAAAGCCAAAUUCUGGCGUAAGAAGACUUACCCUGAUAUGCCUUGA